GAUUAGUGAGAGUGAGGACAGCAACAGAGGAGUGGCUGAACUAUGAGUGUCUCUGCUCUAAGCCCGACCCGAUUUGCAGGCAGCCUCUCUGGAUUCCUCCAAGUGGCCUCUGUGAUUGGUCUGCUCCUGCUGCUGGUGAAAGCUGUCCAGUUCUACCUGCACAGGAAAUGGCUACUCAAGGCUUUCCAGCAGUUCCCAUCACCUCCUUUUCACUGGUUCUUUGGGCAUAAGCAGUUCAAAGGCGAACAAGAACUACAGGAAAUUGUGUCAUGCAUAGAGAACUUCCCAAGUGCCUUUCCUUGCUGGUUCUGGGGGAGCAACGCCUACUUAACUGUCUAUGACCCUGACUACAUGAAAGUGAUUCUGGGGCGAUCAGAUCCAAAGGCUAAUGGUAUCUACAGAUUGCUAGCUCCUUGGAUUGGGUAUGGUUUACUCUUGUUGAAUGGACAGCCAUGGUUCCAGCACCGGAGGAUGCUAACCCCAGCCUUCCACUAUGACAUUCUGAAACCCUAUGUGAAAAACAUGGCUGACUCCAUUCGAUUGAUGCUAGACAAAUGGGAACGGCUGGCAAGUCAGGAAUCCUCAAUAGAGAUUUUUCAACACAUCUCCUUAAUGACCCUAGACACUGUCAUGAAGUGUGCCUUCAGCCACAAGGGCAGUGUUCAGGUGGAUGGAAAUUACAAGACUUACCUCCAGGCCAUUGGGGACUUGCAUAACCUAUUUCACUCCCGUGUGAGGAAUAUCUUUCAUCAGAAUGAUACCAUCUACAGACUUUCUUCCAAUGGCCACUUGGCCAAACAAGCUUGUCAACUUGCCCAUGAUCACACAGAUGGAGUGAUCAAGCUGAGAAAGGAUCAGCUGCAAAAUGAGGGAGAGCUAGAAAAUAUCAAGAAGAAGAGACGUUUGGAUUUUCUGGAUAUCCUCUUAUUUGCCAGAAUGGAGAAUGGGGACAGCAUGUCUGACAAGGACCUCCGUGCUGAGGUGGACACAUUCAUGUUUGAGGGCCAUGACACCACAGCCAGUGGAGUCUCCUGGAUCUUCUAUGCUCUGGCCACACACCCUGAGCACCAACAGAGAUGCAGAGAGGAAGUUCAGAGCCUUCUGGGGGAUGGAUCCUCUAUCACCUGGGAUCACCUAGACCAGAUUCCUUAUACCACAAUGUGCAUCAAGGAGGCCCUAAGGCUCUACCCACCUGUCCCAGGCAUUGUCAGAGAACUCAGUACAUCUGUCACCUUCCCUGAUGGACGCUCUUUACCCAAAGAACUCCUUGGAAUCUUCAAUUUGUCUAUCUGGAUGUCUGUGAAGGAAAGAAUGAAGGAGUUUCCUCACUCCCUGAUGACUGACUUCUUUGUCUCUAGCAUAUGAUAGAAGUGGAACCCCACAGCUGUUUUCUGCUGACCUUUUGCAGUGGUGUAGUAUUUGUUCCCUGCCAAACACAUACAGCUAUUUAAGUUCCAGAGUCACACAUUAAUGGAGUGGGGAGGGUGAAAGCUUUUGUUAAUUUAUGUUGAUCUUGGUGGUGCUGUAAAUUUUACAGAAAGAUUCUUGUUUGCUAAGCAUGUGCUCUAUGACUGACCUACUUAUCUCAACUUGAGAUGGAUAAACUUAGCUUGACUAUGUUUAGAGGUAGAUCCACUAGGUAGUGGAUAGAUUAGAUUAGGGUUUGUCCCACAUGUUCUAUAUAAUGGCUUUAGAAAGAGAAAGAGACCUUGAAGAGAUAUAUACCUGUCCUCACCACGAUAAUAUGCAACCAAGGAGAGGGAACUGUUUGAACUUUCAACUCCAAAUCUGUGAGAUAAAUAAGCUUCUUUUCUUUACAAAGUUGUGUGUGUGUGUGUGUGUGUGUGUGUGUGUGUGUGUGUGUGUGUGUAAAUUCUUAUCAAAGAAACCUUUGAAUAUGUUAUUUUUACUUUAUCUCUACUAUUCACUAGGGUGUACAAGAUAAAGAAUCAGAUAGGGUCUAGGAAGAUGUGUUUCUUUUAUGAGACAAAGUAAGUGAAAGAGAUCAAUGAAUCCCAUGUGAGUCAUAUGUGAUCCUGUCUCUGAGAAGCACUAGGGUUGACAGCAAAGAUAAACUGAUCAGAAUAUACAAGACUCCUGCAAUGUCAGGAAAGUAACCCUUGUCUCAGCUCAUCAUGUCAAAACCCUAGGACUGCCAUAUCCUGCUUUGGUGAUAUGUAACCCCUCCCUGAAACUUUAGUAACUUACAUGAAAAACCAGACUAAAUCAACUCAAGGUCAGUAUUUAAUAUAUAUCUUUAGUGGAAAUUCUUCAUCAAAUUUAGGUUCUAAUGUCAUUUAUUCCCAAAACUCAGUUUCAUCUUUCUUGCCUCUCUCUCUUACACUCCAAUUUUUUAUAUUACUCACUUGUGCCUCAAUUUCUUUACCAACUCAUGCACAUGUGCAGAAAGUGAUGUUCUAUAGCACCCAAGUAUCUUGUGCAGGCAUAUCAUCCCUUGCUAUCUCAGGAACCAAGGAAUUACCCCUGGGUGUAACCCAUCUUCUCUCAUAUUCGUAUCUGCCC